AUGGCAUCGAGGCAGAACACGCGUGAGGCGCGCGCCGAGGCCGACGCGCGGCGCGCCGUGGAGGAGCUGGCGCGGGCGCGGGACGAGCACCUCGAGAAGGCGGAGUUGAACGCCCGCUCGGCCGCGGACGAGAUCGCGCGCUCCCGCGCCGACCACGGUGGCACCAGCGCCGGCGCCGGUGGCGGCAUCCUGGAGAGCGUGCAGGAGGGCGCCAGGUCCUUAGCCAGCGCCGUGGGCCGCACCUUCGGCGGCGCCAAGGACGCGGCGGUGGAGAAGACGUCGCAGACGGCGCAGGCCACGGGCGAGAAGCUCGGCGAGUACAAGGACUACACCGCCGAGAAGGCCCGGGAGACCAAGGACAGCGUCGCGCAGAAGACGAGCGAGACCGCGGAGGCGACCAAGAACAAGCCCAGGGAGUACAAGGACGCGGCGGCCGGGAAGGCGCGGGAGGCCGUGGACACCACCGCCGAGAAGGCGAGGCAGGCCAAGGACGCUACCAAGCAGAAGGCCCAGGAGACGAUGGGUGCCACCGCCGACAAGGCGAGGGAGGCCAAGGACGUGACCAGGCAGAAGGCGAGCGAGUACACGGAAGCUAGCAGGGAGGCCGCGCAGGAGGCCAGGGACAGGACCCGGGCCACAGCGCAGACCGCCGCCGACAAGGCAAGGGAGACGGCCAGCCCUCAGGACACCGAUAAGGGGCAGGGACAAGGUCUGCUGGGGGCGCUGGGGAACGUGACGGGCGCGAUCAAGGAGAAGCUGACGCUGGGGCAAGGCCAGCAGCAGCAGCAGCAGCACGUCGACGUCCGGCUAGGCGGCGAGGACGAGCGCGCGGCGAAGGAGCGCGCAGCGGAGAAGGCGGCGUCGGUGUACUUCGAGGAGAAGGACCGGCUGAUGCGGCAGCGCGCGGAGGAGCGGGUGGACCAGUGCGUGGAGAAGUGCGUGGAGGGGUGCGCCGGCUCGUCCUGCGUGCACCGCCAGGGGAAGAUGUGA